UAUAUUAAGCCUUCAGAUAUUUAUAGUUAUGGUAUAUUAAUGUGGAAAAUUUCUAGUGGAUAUCCUCCAUUUAAAGAUCUUAAUGAUGCAACUAUUUAUGCUAUUAUUAGUAAUAAAGCUUGUAAAAAAGCUAUAUUAGAUACUCCUAAGGAUUAUAAAAAACUUUAUAAAAAUUUAAAUAAUAAAGUAAAAGUCAUACAUUUUGAUGAGUUAAUUGAUUUAAAACCACUUGAUGAAGGCGGUUUUGGAUCUAUCAUAAAAGUAACUUGGUCAAAAGCAACUAAUUAUGCUGUUUUAAUCGCAUUAUAUGUUUCUUGGGUAUUAGUCAAG